AUGAUUAUGAAAGUUUCAAUUAUUAUAAAUCAAUGUAAAGGAGAAAGUUUUACAUUUGAUUUAACAACAUGUAAUGAUCAAGCUACAAGUACUUGUUCAUUUACAACUGGACCGUGGAUAGCUACACCAGGAGCUACACCAAAUUGUUUGACUGGUGUCGACUCUAUCAUUGUAAAUGGAUCGUUGGCAGACCCUGCAACCACCUAUUAUGUGUCGUCGGGAUCUACGCUGUGCAACAUUACAUCGGUUCAAAUUAUUGGUGCAAAUGUUAGAUUCACCUUUAACUAUAACUUGACCGCUGCUGCCACCACUGAUAAUCCAACAUACACACCAUUUGCUGAAAUGAUUGUACAAGAUGCUGCUCAAGUAACCGUUACGUCACAACUUCUCCAAGUCAACGCACUCAGUCUUGUUGGACUAGCUAGUCUUACCUUUGUCUCUGACGUACAGUCCAACUUUACCGGAAAGUUGGUAGCGUCACCUGGCAGCACGAUUGUACUUGCCAACACUACUGGUAUCAUUCUCGGUGAUGGAUCCAAUAUCGAGUCGUCCACCAUCACUGGUCCACAAGGUUCAUUCAUAGCCAUUGAUCUUGCCACUGUAACAUUUAACAACAGUCAAAUCAAUAGUCAAGGAUCGUUUAUUCAAAGUAUUGGUAGUGAGUUGGUACUUGCCAACACAACCAUGCAAGUAGCUCUAUUAAAGACCCUUGAUGGCCCAUUUGUCUUGAAUGUACAGUCAACCUCUUCACUCUUGAUUGGUACAUCAUCCACAUCCACCUAUAGUCUCGCUCUUCAAGGUGAAGGAACUACAUUGAACAUUAUUCCAAACACUGGAGAGAUUUAUGCAACAUUGUCAUUUGAAUCACUCGCAAUUGGUCAAGGUAGUUAUCUAUCUUUGAAUGGUUCAAUUGCUCAAUCAAUAUCGAUCGACAGCGCCGAGAUUAAUGGUGCGUUGACACUAGACUCGUUUACUAGUAUUGUAUCAAUUGUCAGUACUGAGUCGGUCCCUGCAACUGGUAGUAUCUCGAUUAGCAAUGUAUCGGAUCAAGUCAACCUCGGUUUAAUCCAAGUCAGUAAUUUGGUAGUGUCGUCAGUCUCUGGAGCAGUCAAUAUCAACAGUAUCUCUGUGUCUAAUAGUACCAUUAUCAACUCUGUCAACUCGACUACUCAAAGUUUGUCGUCGUUUAGUGGUACUUACCAAGCAAACUCGAUUCCAGUAUUCCAAUCCAACCAAGACAGUUAUUUUACCGCAUUGAAUAGUUUUGACUCUGUCAAUACCAUCUCUCUUAGAGGGAUAGACUUGGCAAUGAUGAAUAAUGUAUCGGUGACCAAUGCAACCUUUGUUUCAUUUUACAAUCUUUUGACAUUCACAACCUACAACUUUACCGAUGUUCAAACAGUUAGUUUUGACUAUGUAAUCAUUAAUUUCGUCAAUGUCUAUGGCGCGGAAUCAACCAAUAUAACAGUCAACCAGACCACCAUUGGAACAAUCCAAAACUUUUCACCGGCCAAGCUAUACUACAUCUUGCAAGACCAAAUCAAUUCAUUGGGCAUUGUCGAUAUGGAGAAUAUGGAGAUUGUAACAACACCCAACACUACAUGUUCACUCCAAGUAACCAGUUCACUAUUGUACUAUAACGAUUUAAAUCUCUACAAUUGUACAUUGGCUCUAAACUAUGGUGCUCAUCUCAACUUUACAUCACCAAACCUUACACUCAGACUUGACUCGUCCACCUUUAAUAUCGAUUCGUCUGAAUUGACAGUUGGUACGCUCCAAGUUGGUCCCGAUUCCACUAUUCUUUUUGCCGGUCCAACUAAUAUCACCACCGACACGUUUACCUCUGAAGCCAGUCUAUUGUCAUUGUUCCCAAGCGAAAAUUACAACUUUGACUUUGGUCAAUUUACAGUCAACCAUUCCUAUAUUUGGGUUAGACCAUCGAUUGCCGAUUUCAACACACAAUCGUUUAGAAUGUUCAACUCUACUCUGGACAUUGACAAGUCAUCGGUUACUAUUCUCAAUGGCUCUUUUAUUGCAGAGCAUAGUAUUAUUUCAGUCAACAAUAGUCAAAUGGCUACUCCAUUCCUAUCGGCACCAACCAUUUUAAUUACACUCAAUUCAUCCAUCACUUUUGACGUUUUAUUUGAUAUUGCACCAAACACCAACUUUACCAUUCUUCAAUCAACCGCCAACAAUUUAACCAUUGACCCAUCAGUAAAUAUUACACUCGAAACUGAAUACGAUCCAAAGUUGAUAGUUGUUCAUUUUGAUACUACCCCAUCUUCACUCGUCCUUUUCCUCGACUCUCCAGAGAAAAAAGGUGAUAAAGGUCUUAAAACAUGGGAACUUACUCUUAUCAUUAUUGGUGCAACUAUUGUUGCUUUUGCCAUUGUAACUGCCAUUGUUUACAAGGUUCGUAAAUAUCAUAAUUCUCAUCCUAGAGAACAUACUAGAUUAUUGGCUUAA